AUAAACGUGCCAAUUCCUUAAAAGUGAAAAUAACCGUAUAAAUUUUUUAUACUAAAAUAAUAUCGUGUAAAGUGCUGCCGUCAAACAUUUUAGGUGAUUCAAAGGUGAAUGUGUCAGUUUGCGACGUUGCGUUGUGUUGUGCGCCCGAUUCGUUGCAUUUGUAGAGAUCGCAUCGUAGCUCGGCCGCGGCGGGCUCGACUGCUGCGAAACUCGAUAUUUAUUUAGAGUGGGGCGAAUAGUUGGCUCGCUGGGCCCGGCGCCGGCGCCACAGCGGCGGCAGCGGGUGUCCGCGCGCGUGCAAUGCGCGACAGGCUCGCCGCGCUGCUGCGAGGCUCGCGUCGAUGCGGUGCGGACUCCGCCAACACGGACAAGCUACGUAAUGACACUUACGCGCCCGUCCUCGUCUUCUCCGAUCAAGGGAGCACACGCGAAGGCGGAGUGGUGUGGCGCGGCUGCUCCGGCGGCUGCGACGCCGAGGAUGGAGCGGCGGGCGCGCUUACCGACGGGAACCUCAACCCAGGAGACAAGUUGGAGGGGUCGGGCGCAGCUCCGGACGACCCUGUUCACCUCAAGAGACGGGUGGGACUCUUCAGUGGGGUGGCUCUAAUCGUCGGCACCAUGAUAGGCUCGGGAAUUUUCGUCGCGCCCUCUGGGCUCCUAGAAUACACGGACUCAGUGGGCAUUAGCUUUAUCAUAUGGAUGGCGUGCGGCCUGUUGUCGCUACUUGGUGCGCUCGCGUACGCGGAGCUGGGCACAAUGAACACGUCGUCGGGCGCGGAGUACGCCUACUUCAUGGACGCCUUCGGGGGACCACCUGCGUUCCUCUUCUCAUGGGUAUCGACUUUGGUGCUGAAGCCGUCACAGAUGGCUAUAAUCUGCCUGAGCUUCGCCAAGUACGCUGUGGAGCCGUUCGUAGCGGAGUGCGAGCCGCCGGGCGCGCUUGUCAAACUCGUCGCCGUUAUAUGCAUUGUAAUGAUUCUGGCAGUUAACUGCUACAGCGUGAACCUGGCCACUAAUGUGCAGAACAUCUUCACGGCGGCCAAACUAGUGGCCGUCCUCAUCAUUGUGUGUGGCGGCGCUUACAAACUUGGAUUAGGUAAUACGCGACAUUUACAGGAGCCCAACUUCGCCAGUAGCAAGGCGACUCUGGGCAACAUCGCCAUCGCUUUCUACAACGGCCUCUGGGCCUACGACGGAUGGAACAACCUCAACUAUGUCACCGAGGAAAUUAAAAACCCAUCCAAGAACCUGCCUCUGAGCAUAAUAAUCGGCAUCCCGCUGGUGACGUUGUGCUACGCGUUGAUGAACGUGUCGUACCUGGCCGUGAUGUCGGUGAGCGAGAUGACGAGCAGUGAGGCGGUGGCGGUGACCUUCGGCAACCGCGUGCUCGGCCCGCUCGCCUGGCUCAUGCCCCUCGCCGUCACCAUAUCCACCUUCGGUUCUGCAAAUGGAACGCUGUUCGUUGCCGGAAGGUUGUGUUUCGCGGCGUCGCGCGAGGGCCACUUGCUGGACAUUCUGUCCUACGUCCACGUGCGCCGCUUCACCCCCGCACCCGGACUUAUAUUCCACUCGCUGAUAGCGGUGGCGAUGGUUCUGUACGGGACGAUCGACUCGCUGAUCGAGUUCUUCUCGUUCACGGCGUGGAUCUUCUACGGCGGCGCCAUGCUCGCGCUCAUCGUGAUGCGCUACACCAAGCCGCACGCGCCUAGACCUUACAAGGUGCCAGUGAUAAUCCCAUACAUCGUGCUGCUGGUGUCUGUGUACCUGGUGGUGGGGCCGGUGAUCAACAAGCCGCAGUGGGAGUACCUCUACGCCACCGCCUUCAUCCUCACAGGCCUGCUCGUCUACGUGCCCUUCGUCAAGUGGUCCUACUCCCUGCCCUUCAUGGAUAAAAUAACGGUUUUCCUGCAAAUGGUGCUGGAAGUGGUGCCAACAUCAACAACAUUUGAAUAUUGAAAAGUCUCAGCUCGACUUUAAAUAGCAUUUUUUUUUUCGGAAUAAAUCGCUGUUAUUAUUUAUCUGCAUAGUAUAUGUUUGCUAUUUUAUUAUUAUCUAUGAAAUGCAGGUUUUGCGAAUUGUUACUUUUGAUUAGUUAAUAUAUAAAAAAAUUAUAGUUAGGCAUUUAAAAAAAUGAGUUUGAAAUUUUGUUAAACCUUGUCUUCGAUUAGUUAGUAAACAGAACUAAUCAAUUUAAAGUUAUAUAAAUUGCCAAAAUGUAAUUGGACGAUGUCUCAAGCGCGUUAUAUCUAAAUUGACUGAAAUAGUAAAUAUGUUCCUUUCAAAAAAUAUUCGAAAUUUGUUAAAUGAAAAAAAAAUAUUAUUAAAAUCGGGACAAUUGAAAUUCAUAGAAUUUAUUUAUCCAAUUAUUAUUCUAACUACUAAACACACUCCCGGAACGCAAAGUAAUAUUUUCAAGAUUUCAAAUUUACCUAUGUAUUGUUUUAUUCGUUUUAUGGGAAUUAGAAGAUAUUGUUUAGAUUGAAUCUUAACUAGCAAUAAAAUAUGUAAUAUCGAAUUUUAUUUUUAAAGUUUUGUAUUCUUUUUAUGUUCUCAAAUUAGGAUUUAAUAAGAAUUGUAAGCCGACUGGCAAUCUUUUUUUAGACAAGUAGUGUUUCAUAUGCCAUUUCAUUAGUUUGCACGAAUCAUUCCUGUUUGGUCAAGCUGUUUCGAGAUUUAGGCUUUUUUACUACAAUUACAGCAACCCCAGGGAAUAAUCUCGAAUGAGCUUGUACCAUUUAACGUCACUAUGAGUGAUUGUGCUAAAACUCAUAGUUAAUUAGUUCAUCUAUCCAUUCAUAGACAACCUUAGUUUUUAAUCUUUAACUGCGUGUCAUAUUUUGAUUCAGUUUGUUUUUAUCUACGAUAUUAAAAACUUAUAAAGGAUAAGUAACAGAUAUUUAUUGUCUUUUAAAUAAAACAAUGCUACUUCCAUCAUUUUCUUCACACAAAUUUGUUGAAAACGUUGAUUGGAAUCCAUCUUUACUUUAAUUGAAACUUGUUCAAGUCUACCGAUGCUUUGUUUUUUUUUUAACGAAGGACAAUCAAAAAUCUGUUUAAAUAUCCUAUUUUAAAGACUAAAGCGUGUUUUCUUUUUAUAAUUUAUAUUAAAUCUUGUUAGCGGCCGAAGUCUGCGAUCGGUAAAUAUUGGUCCUAUCAUUCCUUACCGGGGCAGAAGUAGGUUGCAAAAUUGUUUUUAUCAAAGAUAUUUUCAUAAGUGACAUUUUAUAAAAUUUAAUAUUAUCUAUGUAUGCGAUUGCGAUGCGAAGCAAGAAAUUAUCUAUUUUGGUCCCGAGCAUAAUAAAAUCUAUAACAUUUCAAGCCGGCGAGUUUAUUAAUGUGUAAGUAAUUUUGGGCACACAAGUACACACCCAACUAUGUGAUAUUUGUUUAAAAUAACGAAGGGUUUUAUUUUUAUCUACAUACGAAUUUCUUGCAAUACAAACAUCUACCUUCAAUACAUACUAUCCUAUGUACUUAUGGCUAUACUCUGGGAGAAAACAAAAUUAUUUAAUGUUAUAUACUACAUUGAUUAUUUGAAAUUUUAAAUAAAGACAAC